AUGAUUGACCUAAGCUUCCUGACAGAGGAGGAACAGGAGGCAAUAAUGAAGGUGCUGCAACGGGAUGCAGAGCUUAAAAGAGCUGAAGAAGAGAGAGUCAGGCAUUUACCAGAAAAAGUCAAAGAUGAUGUUCAGCUAAAGAAUAUGAGUGGGCAGUGGUUUUAUGAAGCAAAGUCAAAGAGGCACAGAGAUAAGAUACAUGGAGCAGAUAUUAUUAGAGCUUCCAUGCGACGGAAGCCUGCCACUCUUGCUGAAGUGAGUCAGAACAAAUCAAACAAAGCAAAGAACAGCUGGGUAAGCAAUGUUAAUAAAGAAGUCUUUGUGCCACCAGAACUAUAUGGCAUUGUGGAACAUCAAGAAGAAGAACAACAACUGAAAUCUAGUUCAAGUCCUUCUCUGUACGUCAUCUGUUUUUUCUUUGCAGCAAGGCUUGUCUCCUACUAUGCAUUUGUACAGUAUCUAGUAGCAGUUGAAUCUUUCACUUUCGUGGUCUGCAAACUGGGCGCGCACGUUCACGAUGAAUGGCACCAAAGCUCUAAAACAAUAACCUCUGUGUUAGACAAACCAGAGGAAAGACCUAUGAAGGCAGCAAUCUCACCAGUAAAGCAAAGGAGAAAUCCAUUUAAUUCCACUGCAUCAGGUGAUAACGUGAACAGUGGGGAAUCAGAAAACAGACCAGCCACUCUACCUCAGCUAUCAAAGAAGGAACUUCUGUCACUCUCAGAAGAGAGCCAGUCUAAACCAAACUUACAAAAUGAUGAAACAGAGAAACAUAAGAAGCCUUCUGUAGAACCUACUGAUGAAUCGCAGAAGGGACUAGUUAAACGUCCUGUCCCAAAAGCUAGAAAAUUAAUUCACAAAGCAACAGAUCCUGUGUUGCAAAGAGAAGACUUUGUUCCAAAACCAGCCAAACGGACUGAGAGGAUGAAUGGCAUUGGUAUACCACCCAGGGGCAUUCUGAAGCGCAGUUCAAGUUCAAGUUCCACUGACUCAGAAGUUCGUGUUAGUCAGAUGUUAGAUGUUCAGAAAAAGAAUGCUCUUCCUACUGCAACUAUUUUUGAAGGAGAAGCUGAGAAGAACUCUCUUAUGGAAGAAGUGGAAGACUCCACACAAAUUUCACUGGAAAAACUAAAACAAGUGAGGUUCUCAUCUAGCACAGGUAGAGGAGAACCUCUGCAAAGCCCACAGCUACACCAUGGUAGAGAAAAAGGAGAGUUUGAUUUGUUAGAAUCUGAUGAAAUAAAGAGUAGUGGAAAUGAUGCUAUUAGAUCAGAUUCAUUUGGGAAUAAGCAAAUUUCUGCUGUAAAGCCUUUGGGAACCUAUUCAUCAGCUUUACAAGUAAAAACAAUAGAUGGCUUACAAGAUGAUACAUCGGCAUCCGGUCCUUGUGACACUAAGAGGUCAGUCUUCCUGGUUAAUGAAGCCUUGCAGACAAAGACAGUUACUCCUAAGAAACUUGAAACUCCACAGAAGACCUCCAGCAAUAUCCUGCCAAAUAGCAAUAAUGAACCGAGUGUUGAUGAGACACGUGAAUAUAAAGCCAACCAGUUCUUGAGCCAUGAAUCAGUGUCACACAAAAACUCUACCGACGCACAUCAGCUUUCUGCUAAGACAGAAGCACAUGAGGUGUCAAAUACCAAUUCUGCAAGUCUUCAACAAGGUAAGCCUGAUCCUGUUGAGGAGCGAGAUGCUAAAACCACUUUCAAGCCUGACAAACAUGCUGAUGAACUCAUGAAAGUGGCCGAUGAAUCUGUAUCAAAAGUUUUAGAUUGGUUUAAAAGAAGUUCUGGUUCUGAAGAUAGGAAACGUGUAUCAGCUAGUUCCCAAGGCAGGGAACCCAAAGAGGAAGUGGACAUCUCAACCAGAACAGCAGUUCUUCCUGCAGAACACAGUGGGCCUAGCAUGGAUGGAAAAACGGAAAUUAGAGAAGAGUUACCGUUUAGAAAGAUUAAACAACGGAACAGUAUUUCACCUACAUCAUUUAUUUCAAAAGAUACACAGCUGUUAAAAGAGAGGAUGAAACCUAAGAAAGGGGAAAAGAAUGAAGAGCAAAAUGACAAAUUGCUAACUGAAUUUGACUGUACAAGAGUUGAAGAAAAAGAACGUGGUCAAGAAAUCAAGCAACAAAAUCAAAAAUCAAAUCUCUUGGAACAUCAAGAACACAAGCUACCAGCUCAGAAAUGUGAAUCGGAGAAGGCAAUACAAGAAAAAAGAAAAAUAAGGAAGAUCAGAGUAUUCUGGGAAAGGGAUAAAACUAUCCCCAGUCGUGGAGAGAAAGAAGUUAGUAUCAAUACUGAUGCAUCAGGUGGCAGUGCAUUGAAAGGUCUCAGAGAAAGUGAUAAAAUAAAACCAACUGUGGUAUACCCACCUAAUGGAUUGGAUGAUCACAGCAAGAAUAUGUUAAGAAGUGCUGAACUAAGUUGUACAAGCCAGGCUUCAAGAAAUGAAUAUCAAAACUCAAAAGAGUUUGGACUGGGCCAUGCAGUUGAAAAGCCAGAAAGAACACUUCCAUCUGAUGGUGAAGUUCAUGACUAUACAGAAUCGCCAAAAGCCAGUAACUUGCAGCCAAGUGUUGGUGCCACUUCAGCUUCCCCAGAAAGCAAAGACAAAGAUGAGAAAGAAACACUUAAAGGAGAAGUUGCUGCUUGUUCCCAACAGAAGCCCAGCUUCCAGGUUUUGUCUUUAAAAGAAAAAAUGAAUGAAAAGUCCAAGAAUCAAAAUUCAGAUCCUUUACAAUUCCAGAGAUCUCCUACCCUGAAAGGUCUGAAUGUGACACACACAAAAAAUACAGACUCUGUCCAGCUGGACAGAAAACCAGUUAUCUCAAAACUCCAGGGAAAGAUGAGUCUUCCAGAGCAAGAAGCUAAAGAACGUGUAGAAAAAAGUGAUGUUUCAUCAAAAGAACAUCCUCUUGAGGGUUCUCAUAAGGCUCAAGCUGGUUUGCAGAACCUGCUCAGAGAAACCUUUGCAUUUCAACCUUCUGAAUAUAGAAGGGUGGGAAUGAAAACAUCCAAUGAUAUGAAUAGUAUAUCACUAACUAAUUGUAGUGUAGAAUCAACAUGCCAAGAAGAUACAGGUCAGCCUGAAGAGGUCAAUGAGACCACAGAAAAAUCUGUUGCCCCAUCCAAGGUCAGUGGCUUGAGUUCUGCUUUAGAGAAGCUGCUGAAGGAGGCCUCUGAAACACCACCUCCUAAACCAAAACGUGCCGACCGCACAGUAUGGGGGACUGCUGACGUGGAAGUUAAAAGCACGACCUAUGAGCAUGAUGGAGAGUUGCCGCAGGAAAUCAGUGAGACCAUAGAAAAGUCUGUUGCCCCAUCCAAGGACGGUGGCUUGAGUUCUGCUUUAGAGAAGCUGCUGAAGGAGGCCUCUGAAACACCACCUCCUAAACCAAAACGUGCCGACCGCACAGUAUGGGGGACUGCUGACGUGGAAGUUAAAAGCACGACCUAUGAGCAUGAUGGAGAGUUGCCGCAGGAAAUCAGUGAGACCAUAGAAAAGUCUGUUGCCCCAUCCAAGGUCGGUGGCUUGAGUUCUGCUUUAGAGAAGCUGCUGAAGGAGGCCUCUGAAACACCACCUCCUAAACCAAAACGUGCCGACCGCACAGUAUGGGGGACUGCUGACGUGGAAGUUAAAAGCACGACCUAUGAGCAUGAUGGAGAGUUGCCGCAGGAAAUCAGUGAGACCAUAGAAAAGUCUGUUGCCCCAUCCAAGGUCAGUGGCUUGAGUUCUGCUUUAGAGAAGCUGCUGAAGGAGGCCUCUGAAACACCACCUCCUAAACCAAAACGUGCCGACCGCACAGUAUGGGGGACUGCUGACGUGGAAGUUAAAAGCACGACCUAUGAGCAUGAUGGAGAGUUGCCGCAGGAAAUCAGUGAGACCAUAGAAAGAUCUGCACUGUCCAAGGCUGAAUAUGGAGUAUUUGAUGUUAAUUUGCAGAAGCUACUGAAAGAGGUGUCUGAAACACCAGCUUCUGUGCUGGAAAAUAUGGAUAAGAAAAUGCAAGGUAAAAUACAGACUAGUCAAAGUAUGAAUGCUUCACAUCAACGAGAGAGAGAUCAUCCUCAAGAAAUACAAGAAACAAUAGAAAAAACUUCUGUUUCAAAUAUUGCAAAAUUCAGUGAAUUCAGUUGCUCUUUAGAAAAACUUCUUCAAGAAGCAUCUGAAGUUUCAUGUCCAAUAUCCAAAGAGUUACAUAAACAAGGAAAGUUUGGGGAUCAUAUGUUUCCAUCACAAAAAGAGACUCUAUUCAUGACAAUGUCACAGCCACAUAAUGCUUUAAGUAGCUAUCAUACACAGAUGAAGAUAGCUAUGAAAGGGGGAGCUCCAGAACAAAAUAUCAAAGCUUCAGUAAAUGAUCUUGCAGUAAGUGAAAUUGAAGCUUCUGAUCUUCCUAAAAGAAAUGGAGCUAUUAAUAAAAUAGAAGAGAGAAAUAUGGCUCCAGUUGAUUCUCCUCCCUUAGAAAGAGACACCAAUAUGAUUGCAAUCAAGCCAUUCAAGAUAAACGAAAAAGGAAGGAGAGACGAAAGCACAUCCUUGGAUGCCUCUGAAAAGAAUUCAGAAUCUAAAGCACUGUCAAAAUUCGGAAGAGCAAGCACGCCACUUAAAGAUGAGAGCAACUCCCCCCAGCCAGAAGGAGCUCAGCUCUGCCUAAUGCCUCAGCAUGAGGAUAAUGAUGAAGAAGGGAACAGCUCAAAUUUGGGAUCCAAAUUUUCAGAUGAAAACUCUGAUUCCCACUCUGGAACCGGAAGUUCAACUCGUUCAGAAGAAGAAUUAAACCCUGUUUUGAUGGCUUUGAAAAGGAGUGCAGAUAGGAAAAUGCCUUCCAAAAGUCUAGAGGACAUUCCAUCAGCCACCUCAAAUAAAGGAAAAAUAAAUAAUCCAAAGGAAGAAUUAGCUCUUAGUGCUGAAGAUGGUCUGAAACCUGAUCAGCAUCAAGAGAGGAAUGAAAAUGCAGCAGGAAUUUCCACAGUGCCUUCAAAGCCUAAUAAGCUGUUUUCCAAUCCUGAAAAACUCAAAGGACUGAGCAAGUCAGUACCAUCAUUCCUACAGGAAGAGAGUGAUGACAGAGAGACAGAUACAGCAUCAGAAAGCAGUUAUUCCCUUGGCAGAAUCAAGAAGAGUCCCAGCUCUCUAACCAAUCUUAGCAGCUCUUCUGGCAUGGCCUCCUUAUCCUCUGUAAGCGGAAGUCUAAUGAGCAUCUACAGUGCAGACUUUGGCAAUGUUGAUGUGAAGGGGAGCAUUCAGUUUACUAUUGACUAUGUAGAACAGCUGAACGAGCUCCACAUUUUUAUUUGCCAAUGUAAAGACUUGGCAGUGGCAGAUGUUAAGCGACAGCGUUCAGACCCGUAUGUAAAGACCUACCUGCUUCCAGAGAAAUACAAGCUGGGCAAACGGAAGACCUCUGUGAAAAAGAAAACACUUAAUCCAGUCUAUAAUGAAAUACUGCGGUAUAAAAUUGAGAAGGGUCUCCUGAAGAACCAAAGCCUUAAUAUCUCUGUCUGGCACAAUGAUACCUUUGGGAGGAAUAGCUUCCUUGGUGAAGUGGAGCUGGAUUUAGGAACUUGGGACUGGAAUGAUAAAUCCAACAAGCAGAUCAACUGGUUUCCACUCAAGCCGAGGACUUCAACAAUGGCUCUUGAACUAGAAAACAGAGGGGAGAUGAAACUAGCCCUCCAGUAUGUCCCACACCCUGUUGGAGGAAAGAAGACUCUAUCUACUGGUGAGGUCCACAUCUGGGUGAAGGAAUGCCAUGACCUUCCUCUUCUGAGAGGCAACAGGCUCAACUCUUUUAUUAAGUGUACCAUUCUUCCAGACACUAGCAGAAAAAGUCGCCAGAAAACAAGAACAGUGGCAAAAACUACAAACCCAGUAUUCAACCACACCAUGGUCUAUGAUGGCUUUAGACCAGAAGAUUUGAAAGAAGCCUGCAUAGAACUCACAGUCUGGGAUCACAACAAACUAGCCAACCACUUUCUGGGAGGUCUCAGGAUAGGCCUUGGAACAGGCAAAAGCUAUGGAACUACAGUAGACUGGAUGGAUUCUACUUCAGAUGAAACUGCCCUUUGGGAGAAGAUGAUGAACUCGCCGAACACAUGGAUCGAAGAUACACUGCCUCUCAGGAUGCUAAUGGUUGCAAAAUUGACAAAAUAA